UAUACUAUCUAUAAAUCCAAUGGAUCAUCUAUUGUUUAAAUCCAAUUAUUGAUAGCCCAAUAAAAAUUUAUGGUAUACCCAAAUUUAAAUGAUAAAAUUAGAGAUUAAAUAUAACAUGAUUUUUUAGGAAUAGGUCCAUUAGAUUCAUUUAAAAAAAAAAAUUCACACAUAAAUCAAAGUUGUGACUUCUGUUUUAAUAUAUAAGAUAUUUUUUACAACUAAACAAACCCAUAAUUCCAUCUCUAAUUUGCAGAACAAAAGGAUAAUGAUGAGUUAAAAAUAGCGCGUGAUUUAUACGUAGAAUGUAACAAAGAUAAGGCAAUGAACAUAUGCCAUUGAACAUAUGCUCCAAACCACCGUCGCAUCACCACCGAUAUCCAAACAUGAAGAUUGCAUUAAGAAAGUUUAGAAGAAAACUUCUUCAAAAAUUAUAUAUUCAAUGUAUUAUAAUGUUAUCUUUUAUUUUAGAUUUGCAUUUGGUUGUAUGUUUUUUUUUAUGUGUAAUGUUACAUUUUAUAUAAAUAAAAUCUAUGUUAAAAAUAAAAAUUUACAAAACCGUUGGAGGUAGUUAAAGCGAGCACUUUGACCAAGUUUUUUCCCAUCUUUCGAAACUUGUAGUGCGUUUAACUUAUGUAACCAUCUUUUUAAUCGUGGUGCAGACUACUUCAACCAUGCGUACAACUCAGAUAACCACAGAAGGUUAGACUGAGCAGGAAUCAACCCAACUUGUUCAAUUGUUGAGGUGUAUCAUCAUUCUCGUUGCUCUGUUGGUGUGUUUGACUUUUCACACUGUUGCAAUAAAACUUGACUUUUAGUUGACCAAGCACUCAUCUUGAUAUAUCUUUUGUUUUAGCUACUUGGCUUUGAUUAAUAACUUUUGUACAAUCAUGAAUAUUGGCAACAAUUUCAAGAAAUGGAAAACACGUCUUUUACGAGAGCAUCUAUAUAAAUGAUUAUUCACUUAAUUAUGGUUUCAUCUCUCUCUCUUUCUCUGACCUAAAGUUUGGAAUGACGAAUUACAGAACAUUAAUUUUUGUGGUGCUAAGUCUGAUAAUAUUUCUCAACGGGCAGAGCAUUUUUGUUGCACGAGCCGUAGCUGAGAGCAAGGUUCAUAUAGUAUAUUUGGGUCAGAAGCAACAUGAUGAUCCUGAGUUUGUCACAGAAUCUCACCAUCAGAUGUUGUGUUCACUUCUUGGAAGUAAAGAGGAUGCCCAUGGUUCAAUGGUAUACAGUUACCGACAUGGCUUCUCAGGUUUUGCAGCCAAGCUUACCAAGUCCCAAGCCAAGAAAAUAGCAAAUUUACCUGAAGUUGUUCAUGUCAUACCGGAUAGUUUCUACAAGCUGAAAACAACUCGGACUUGGGACUACUUAGGACUUUCUGCCUCCAGUCCAAAGAAUCUUCUAAAUGAAACUAAUAUGGGUGAACAAAUUAUCAUCGGCAUUAUUGACACAGGAGUAUGGCCAGAAUCUGAAGUAUUUAACGACGAUGGGAUUGGAUCGGUGCCGAGCCACUGGAAAGGAGGCUGUCAAUCAGGAGAGAUGUUCAACUCCUCCCACUGCAAUAAAAAGCUCAUAGGAGCUAAGUAUUUCAUCAAUGGCUUCCUCGAGGAGAACAAAAGCUUCAACUCUAAAGAAUCACUUGAUUUCAUUUCCCCUAGAGACCUCAAUGGUCAUGGCACGCAUGUCGCCACCAUCGCGGCAGGUUCUUACGUGCAGGACAUUAGCUACAAGGGCCUAGCUGGAGGGACUGUGAGAGGUGGGGCACCACGUGCUCGUAUAGCAAUGUACAAGGGUUGUUGGUAUCUGGAUGAUUUAGACAUAACAACUUGUUCAUCUGCUGACAUUUUGAAAGCUAUGGACGAGGCAAUUCAUGACGGUGUUGAUGUUUUGUCACUCUCUCUUGGCUCUGUGGUUCCUCUGCAUGGAGAAACUGAUAUCCGCGAUGGGAUAUCCACCGGAGCCUUCCAUGCCGUCUUAAAGGGUAUCACCGUUGUUUGUGCAGGUGGUAACUCUGGCCCCGAGGCUCAAACAGUGACAAACACGGCGCCUUGGAUUGUCACUGUGGCUGCAACUACUCUAGACCGGUCCUUUCCCACUCCUAUCACACUUGGGAACAAUAAAGUGAUACUGGUAACUAUAUUGCAGGGUCAAAUUAUAUGUCUACUAAGAAAAUAUUCUGAUGAUAUGUGUCUUAUUUUGAGUUUGGUCAUUAUUUUACAGGGUCAAGCAAUGUACACAGGUCCAGAACUUGGCUUCACUAGCUUGGUUUACCCAGAGGAUCCAGGGAACAGCAACGAAACCUUUAGUGGCACUUGUGAGGAUCUUUCCUUGAAUUCUAAUGAUACAAUGGUGGGGAAAGUGGUCUUGUGUUUCACAGCAUCAUCUUCUAGUGGUUCAGUAUCAAGUGCUGCAGGUUCUGUGAAGAAAGCUGGUGGUCUAGCUGUAAUCAUAGCAAGACAUCCAGGCUCCGAUCUCGAACCAUGUUUAGAUGAUUUCCCAUGCGUUUCUGUUGACUACGAGCUUGGGACAAAUAUACUUCUCUACAUACGUUCCACAGGAUCUCCUGUUUUGAAGAUACAACCAUCUACAACCCUUGUAGGACAGCCCGUUGGUACAAAGGUGGCAAGUUUCUCGUCAAGAGGACCUAAUUCAAUUGCCCCUGCUAUUCUCAAACCGGAUAUAGCAGCACCAGGAGCGAGCAUAUUGGCCGCUACAACCACCAAUACCACCUUAAACGACGGAGGAUUCAUUAUGCUGUCAGGAACAUCAAUGGCAGCUCCUGUUAUUUCAGGAGUUGUUGCACUUCUUAAAGCUCUCCAUCCUGAUUGGUCUCCUGCUGCCAUUAGAUCAGCCAUUGUCACUACAGCUUGGAGAACAGAUCCAUUUGGAGAGCAGAUUGAUGCAGAAGGGUCGUCUCGGAAGCUAGCCGAUCCCUUUGACUAUGGUGGAGGGCUUGUGAAUCCAGAGAAAGCUGUAAAACCAGGUCUUGUAUAUGAUUUGGACCUCGAAGACUAUGUUCUCUACAUGUGCUCUGUUGGUUACAACGACUCGUCAAUCUCUCAGCUUGUCGGUGAAAGAACAACCUGUUCAAAUCCCAGACCAUCUGUUCUUGAUUUGAACUUACCUUCCAUUACAAUUCCAGACCUCAAAGAAGAAGUCACUCUCACGAGAACGGUCACUAAUGUUGGACCGCCCAGCUCAGUCUAUAAAGUAAAGGUCGAGCCACCAUUGGGAGUUCAAGUGACCGUGAUGCCAAAUAAGUUAGUAUUCAACUCUAAAACUAAAAAGCUCUCUUAUCAUGUCAGAGUCUCGACCAGACACAAGAUCAACACUGGUUUUUAUUUUGGAAGCUUGACGUGGAGUGACUCUGUGCAUGACGUUAUAAUUCCUUUGUCCGUGAGAACGCAAAUUCUGCAGAAUUACUAUGAUGAGAAUUGAACCAAAAAAAUAACUGUGAACGUGUAUUAAUACUGUAACCCUAUAUAUUUACACUGUGGAUCAAAGAUCAGUUCCUUUUCAAAGGAACCAAAAUGGCGUAUUUCAACCGGUCAACUAACACAUCGUUUUGUUUUGUCUGUAGAUGAAAGUAAAAACAAAUACUAUGUUCAAGGGAUUUUGAACCAUACGAUAGACACUCCCUUGACAAAGCACACUAACCACUAGCUGAUAUCUAUAUUAUUAAAAUAGAAGUACAAAUAAGAACUAUCCCUUGAAUUAAUUAAUGAACCUAUUAUUAAGUAAUCUUUGUCUUUUUCAAAAUUAAUAAAGUAAUAAUUACUCAUAAUCCUAUGUUUUCCAUGUCUUUUUCAAAAAUAAUAAAACAUUUUCUAAAUUGAAUUCAUAAUCAAUUCAAUAAAAAUCUUUUAUUUUAUAUAUUUUCAUAUCAAUAUUAUAAACAGUAUUGCCAUUAAUAAUAUACACAAAAAAUAAUAUACACAAAAAUUUUUUGUAACAAUAUUACAUUUGUCUCACUCUCCCCCACCACCCCACACCCACGAAGAUUUACUUUAUUUUUUGUGUAAAUAAAUAAAUGUAAGUUAUAUUGUUACAUAAGUUUUUUCUGUGUAUAUCUUAUUUUUUAAUAUGUUCCAAAUUUGUAGAAGACUAGCAAUCAUUUUAUUUCUUACGAAAUUUAUUAGCUAAUGUAUCAUAUAUAAAUAGCAUGCUAAUUCAUAGUUGUAUAUUUUUGUACUUUUCAUUUAAUAUUAUUUUCGCUAUAUAUCUUAGACGUGGAUCUAAUUUAAUAAAUGUUGACUUUGUUUAUGUGAUAUCUAAUAUAAUGAUACUUUUUACGCUAAAACGAAAUAAUAUAAAAUUAAGCACAAAUGUAACAUUUACAUUUACAUUUACAACUACUACUACAUUUACAAAUCUAUAUUAUUAAAAUACAAAUACAAAUAAGAACUACCUCUUAAACUUGCAAUUUAUUUACAACUUUAUGCUACUGAAUUAAUUAAUGAACCUAUUAUUAAGUAAUCUUUGUUUUUUCCAAAAUUAAUAAAGUAAUAAUUACUCCUAAUCCUAUGUUUUCCAUGUAUUUUUCAAAAAUAAUAAACCAUUUCCUAAAUUGAAUUCAUAAUAAAUUCACUAAAAAUCUUUUAUUUCAUAUAUUUCAUAUCAAUACUAUAAACAGUAUUUCCAUUAAUAGUAUACACAAAAAGUAAUAUACACAAAAACAUUUUGUAACAAUAUCACAUUUGUCUCACUCUCCCCCACCACCCCACACCCACGAAGAUUUACUUUAUUUUUUUGUGUAAAUAAAUAAAUGUAUGUUAUAUUGUUACAGAAUUUUUUUCUUUGUAUAUCUUAUUUUUAUACGUUCCAAAUUUGUAGAAGACUAGCAAUCAUUUUAUUUCUUACGAAUUUUAUUAGCUAAUGUAUCAUAUAUAAAUAGCAUGCUAAUUCAUAGUUGUAUAUUUUUGUACUUUUCAUUUAAUAUUAUUUUUGCCAUAUAUCUUAGACGUGGAUAUAAUUUAAUAAAUGUUGACUUUUUUUAUGUGAUAUCUAAUAUAAUGAUACUUUUUACGCUAAAAAAAAUAAUAUAAAAUUAAGCACAAAUGUAACAUUUACAUUUACAAAUACGACUACAUUUACAAAUCUAUAUUAUUAAAA